AUGGCGACCAACUUGGGAGCUGUUGCGCAGCUCUUGGAAGCGAGCUUGGAUCCCAGGCAGAACAAGCAAGCCGAGCUUACGCUCCGUCAGGAGGAGAAGAAACCAGGCUUUUCCUUGUCCCUGCUGCAAAUCACCGCUUCCGCCGACUACCCUUACAAUACUCGACUUGCUAGCGCUCUCUGCUUUAAGAAUCUCAUUCGGAGAAACUGGGUGGACGAAGAUGGAAACUACAAGCUCCCACAAGACGAGGUCAUUACUAUCAAGCGCGAGCUGAUCAACCUGAUGAUCAACGUGCCCGGCGGGAUUCAAACCCAGCUGGGCGAAGCAGCCAGUGUGAUUGCUGACAGUGAUUUUUGGGAGCGGUGGGACACACUUGUUGCUGACUUGGUGUCGAGACUGGACCCAAAAAACCCGGCCGCCAACAUUGGUGUGCUCACGGUUGCGCACUCGGUUUUCCGACGAUGGCGCCCUCUCUUCCGAUCAGACGAACUUUUUACCGAGAUCCUUCAUGUGCUUUCUACAUUCUCAACACCAUAUCUAGCAUUGUUCGAGGGAUUGGAUGCAUUCAUCGAGGAGAACAAGUCCGACAAAGAGAAGCUUACACUUGCAUUUACUCAGCUCAAUCUCAUGGUGAAGCUGAUGUACGAUCUCAAUUGCCAGGACCUCUCUCCAAUGGUAGAGGACAACGUGCAGUCUAUUGCGAACUUGCUCCUCAAGUACCUGCUCUAUGACAACCAAUUGCUUCACACAGACGACGACACCGAAUCGGGAGUUCUCGAGUUUGUUAGAGCCGGCAUAUUUGAAGUCUCGACUCUUUUUGUACAAAAAUAUAGCGACGUUUUCGGACCGCACGUUGACCAGUUUGUCGCAAAUUCCUGGAAUCUGUUGACGACGGUGGGUCAAGAGACCAAAUACGAUAUACUGAUUAGCAAGGCGCUGCAAUUCCUGACAUCAACUACGGGUAUUCCGGAACACGCAAAGCUAUUCGAGAACGAAUCGACUCUUAGCCAGGUUAUCGAAAAAGUCGUGCUUCCUAACAUUGCUCUGAGAGAAUCUGACGAGGAACUGUUCGAGGAUGAACCCAUUGAGUUUAUCCGUCGUGAUUUGGAGGGCUCUGAUAGCGAUACAAGACGCAGAGCAGCUACAGACUUUGUUCGACAGCUGUCUAACAAAUUCGAGGAACUGGUCACCAAAACAGUCCUCCAGUACACCAAUCAUUACCUUGCAGAAUACUCCAAAGACCCAGCAUCCAAUUGGAAAUCCAAAGACACGGCUACUUAUCUAUUCUCUGCGAUCGCAGCCAAGGGUGCAGCAACCGCUACACACGGCAUCACCAGCAUUAGCAAACAUGUGGACAUUGCAAACUUUUUCCAAAACAAUCUCGCUUCCGACUUGGUCAACGAGAGCGGUUUGCAUCCUAUUUUGAAAGUAGAUGCUAUUAAGUAUCUGUAUCUAUUCCGAAGCAUCAUCACGCCGGCACAAUGGCAGGAAGUGUUCCCGAUGUUGGUGAACCACCUUGGUUCAUCAAACUAUGUUGUCUACACCUAUGCAGCUAUUGCAGUUGAGCGAGUACUCGCAUUCCACGACGCGAGCGGUCAGCCAAUUGUUCCAGCGACUAGUAUUACCCCGCUGGCAAAUGAGCUUCUGGAGCAUCUUUUCCAACUGGUUGAGAAGGAUCCAUCGCCCCCGAAGGUGCAGGAAAACGAGUUCCUCAUGAAAUGUGUUAUGAGAGUUCUCAUUGUCAUCAAAGAAGCAAUUGUCCCCCACACUGAAGCCGUUCUCGAGCACCUUGUCAAGAUCACGAGAAUCAUCAGUGCGAAUCCCAGUAACCCCCGCUUUUAUUACUACCACUUCGAGUCAAUAGGCGCUUUUAUUCGAUUUGCUGCCCCUGCCAACCCAGAAAAAUUAGAGCAAGCCCUCUAUGCUCCGUUUGCUGAAGUCCUCCAGGCAGAUGUUCAAGAGUUCAUGCCAUACAUCUUCCAACUAUUUGCUGCCCUUCUUGAAGCAAAUCCUUCUGCGACGUUGCCAGAGUAUUAUCAAAAUUUGAUUGCGCCAAUCCUUUUGCCCGUCAUGUGGGAAUCCAAAGGCAACGUUCCUGCUUUGGUCAGGCUACUAGCCGCUGUUAUCCCGCGAGGCGCGCAGUUUAUUUUACAAAACAAUCAGAUUGAACCUAUUCUUGGUAUCUUCCAGAAAUUACUUUCUACCAAGGCUAACGAGGGUCAUGGCUUUGAUUUGCUGGAGGCGGUUGUCGGAAGCUUUCCUUCAACUGCAUUGGAGCAAUACUUCACCUCGAUCGUGCAGGUUAUCAUGACGCGUCUGCAAAACUCGAAGACAGAGAACCUCCAGUUACGCUUUGUCCGCUUCUAUCACUUUGUGUCUGCCCGGGAUGAUCAGGGAUAUAGUGCCGACUUCUUCAUCCAAGUCACAGACAAAGUUCAACCUGAAUUGUUCACCCCCGUUUAUCUGAACAUUAUUCUACCCGAAUCCCAGAAACUGGCUCGGCCAUUGGACCGCAAAACCGCUGUCGUGUCGUUCACGAAGACUCUUGCCACAUCUGAAGCAUUCGCAAGUCGGUACAAGAAAGGGUGGAGCUUCACUUGUGAGGCACUUCUAAAGCUUUUGGAAUUGCCUCCUCUGCCAGCCACGGGUGAUGACAUUAUCGCGGAGCAUGACGUUGAUGAUAUGGCAUUUGGAGUAGGAUUCACGCCCCUAAAUACGGUUCGACCGCGAUCAAAGGACCCAUGGCCUGAAACUGGACACGACCUUAAGGCGUGGGUUGGCAAAUACCUGAAGGCGGCCGAUUCAAAGAACGGCGGACGGGUUAGUGGAUUUGUUCAAGAGCGUCUUUCUCCGGAAGCUCAAAAGGUCCUCGCCAGCUACAUGACUGCAUGA